UGUUUUGCCUUAGGAUUGUGUGAUAAUUUUCUCAUUUUAGUCUUGAAGAGGAAACGGCAAUGCCUGCGCGCAUGACACUGGUGUCUGCACGUGUGCCGUGGCACAGCCUGUACAGUCUGACAGACAGCUUGGACUGUGAUCCAGAUAACGAGGAAGAAGAAGAUUCAUCCAGGCACCUCACACCUCUGCAAAAGCUAAUGCUGGAUAUGUGUCAUGAUGAAAAAACCAUCAAAGAGCUGAAUGUGGGAAAAAGAGUGGGGUUCUAUAAAGUCUGUGGUGAGAUCGGGUGUGGAAACUUCUCCAAAGUCAAACUGGGCUUCCAUGCCCUUACCAUGGACAAAGUGGCUAUCAAAAUCCUGGAUAAGAUGCGACUGGAUCUACAGACCCAGAGGAUGUUAUCCAGAGAGAUUUCCAUAAUGGAGAGCUUGUAUCAUCCAAACCUGCUUCGGCUCUACGAGGUGUUGGAGGCAUCGAGUCGAUUAUACCUGGUGCUGGAGUAUGCCGGAGGGGGAGAUCUGCACACCAGAAUCAGCACUCAGGGAAAACUCUCUGAUCUCGAAAGCAAACUUGUGUUUGCCCAAAUCCUGUCUGCAGUAAAGUACAUGCAUGACAACAAAAUCAUCCAUCGAGAUCUAAAGGCAGAAAACAUCCUCUUCACCAGCAACUACUACGUAAAGGUAGCUGACUUUGGCUUCAGCACAAACAUCAGCAACUGCAGCCAGAUGUUGGACACCUUCUGUGGCUCCCCUCCGUACGCAGCACCAGAGCUCUUCAAAGACGAGGCCUACAUGGGGCCACCUGUAGACGUGUGGGCUAUGGGAGUUCUUCUUUUCUACAUGGUGACUGGCACCAUGCCUUUCCGUGCUGACACUGUUCCUAAGCUACGCCGCUGUGUACUACAGGGAGUUUAUGUUCUUCCCACAUGGGUAUCUGCUCCAUGUCAGCGCCUGAUCCGGGGGAUCCUCAAGCCUGAGCCUACAGAACGCUGUGCGCUGGAUCAGAUGCUAGGCUGUGACUGGCUGCUCCCAGUGGAGAUUCUGCGUUCCAUUCCCCAGUUGUACCAGCUUAACCCUGUCCAUUUGCUGAAGCUGGGGCCAGGAUGGGCAGAGCAGGAAGAGGUGCAUGCUGCCCUACAGGAACUUGGAGUCACAGAGGAACACAUUCUCAACAACCAGGGCAAGAAUAGUCAAAGCCCUUUAACGGGUAUCUAUCGUAUUGUACUCCAUCGGAUCCAAAGGAACAGGGGAACUGAAUGUCUGCCUUUAAUCACAGAUGUAAUCAAAGACCCAAAGCGAGACGGUCUUCGCGCCUACAGGAAUUUACGACACACCUCGAAACUGUGUGUCAUCUCUUAAUGAGCUUAACUCUGAUGUAAUGGGUUUUACUUGUUCUAGUUCACAUGGUUCAUUAUCUUACAUGGGGAGCUCUGCUGUCAUUAGGCUAUGUGAAACCUAAAAAAAUCCUAAAUCCUAAAUUUUAAGAAAUUAGAUGAAAAUCUUAAUAUAUGCUUUAGGAAUAUGAAAGGACUAGGCCUUUUUUGGAGGCUCCUCAUAUACUAUGAUUAGACGAUUGCCUCGUCUGUUUCACAUCACCUUCUUGUUUCAACUUGUCACAUUGCUAUUAGUCCUAAAUUGCCCCGUCCCAAUUUUUUUGGAACG